CGGGGGCUUCCACUGCCCCCAGGACCCACUGGACUGCCCCUGCUGGGAAACUUACCCCAAGUGGACAAGAGAGCGCCCUAUAAGACUGUUGAAGGUGAGUGGAGUAAACAGUAUGGGCCGGUCAUCUCAGUCAAUCUGAGUGGGUACCAGACUGUCAAGGAGGCCCUGGUGGAUCAGGCCGAUGACUUUGCAGGAAGGGCACAAUCUAUAUAUAUGAGGAUGGAGCAGUGGAUCCAGGAGGAGAGUAGACACCUGCUGGAGAGCCUGAGACAAACCAAAUCAGCUCCGUUUGACCCCACGUUCUUCCUGAGCCGUGCCGUGUCCAACGUGAUCUGUUCUCUGGUGUUCGGACAGAGCUUCAGCUACGACGACGUCAACUUCCUGCGUCUGCUGCAGAUCAUCUCUGAUACAGUUUGCGUUGGGAGCAGCCCCUGGGGACCGGAGAAAGACAUCCCAAACACAGAGUUCCACUAUGAUAACCUGGCAGCAACAGUUUUUAACCUUUUCCUAGCUGGGACUGAAACCACCAGCACCAUCAGAUUUGCCUUCAUGAUACUCAUAAAGCAUCCAACAUUCAAGAACGUGUGCAAAAGGAGAUUGAUUCAGUGCUUGGCCAAACAUGGUGUCCCACGAAUGGAAGACAGGAAUUCCCUCCCCUUCACUGAUGCUGUCAUCCAUGAAGUUCAGCGCUAUAUGGACCUCGUACCCCUUACCAUCAAGGAUCCCAUUCCUAAGGACACCGUGAUCAUUCCCAUGCUGCACUCUGUGCUCCGGGACGAGGACCAAUGGGAGAAGCCCUGGACCUUCAACCCUGACCACUUCCUGGACAAAAAUGGGAACUUCAGAAAGAACCCAGCAUUCCUUCCCUUAUCUGCAGGUAAACGGGUGUGUGCAGGUGAGUCAUUAGCGCGGAUGGAGCUCCUGAUCUUCCUGGUGUCCAUAGUGCAGCAGUUCCACCUCAGCGCCCCUGGAGGACCAUACAGCAUUAACAUCAGCCCAGAACUCAGCAGCUUCACCAACCUGCCUCACAAACACCAGCUCAUUAUCACCCCCCGCUGA